AAGGGGCGGGCGGUGGCAGAUGAUUGGACCCCGCCAGAAGUAAGGCGAAGAAGCGCGCGUUUUAUUCCUGCGAGAGAGCGGUACAGAGGAAAAGUUGCGGCGUUAAGCGUUUGGAGUGAGACAGCAUUGACAUGGAAAUGCAGGAAUUGAGUGAUGAGCGCCAGUACUUGCAGCAUGUCAAAUAUAUUCUCGAAAGAGGUGUACACAAAGAAGACCGGACUGGCACUGGCACUUUCUCAGUCUUCGGGCUGCAGGCGAGAUACAGUCUGAGGGAUUCUUUCCCCCUGCUUACUACUAAACGAGUAUUCUGGAAAGGAAUUCUACAAGAGCUGUUGUGGUUCAUCAAAGGUUCUACCAAUUCCAGUGAGUUGUCCUCAAAAGGAGUUAAAAUAUGGGACGCCAACGGAUCUCGGGAAUUUUUAGACAGACAAGGAUUCACAUCCCGAGAGGAAUGUGAUUUGGGUCCAGUUUAUGGCUUCCAGUGGAGGCACUUUGGGGCUGAAUAUAAGGACAUGCAUACAGAUUACACUGGACAAGGAGUUGAUCAGCUUCAGAAUGUAAUUGAUAUUAUCAAAAAUAAUCCAGAGGAUCGUAGGAUCAUACUCUGUGCAUGGAACCCUAAAGACCUUCCACAAAUGGUGCUACCUCCUUGCCAUGCUCUUUGCCAGUUCUACGUGGCCAAUGGAGAGCUAUCCAGUCAGCUGUAUCAGAGAUCAGGGGAUAUGGGUCUUGGUGUUCCAUUCAAUAUUGCCAGCUAUGCAUUACUUACAUAUAUGAUUGCACACAUCACUGGAUUAAAGCCUGGUGAUUUUGUACAUACAUUAGGUGAUGCUCAUGUUUACAAGAACCACAUUGAGGCAUUAAAGAUUCAGCUUUCGCGUGAACCCAGACAUUUCCCAAGAUUGAAGAUAUUGCGCAAGGUGGAAAAUAUUGAUGAUUUCCAUGCAGAAGAUUUUAAGUUAGAGGAUUACAACCCACAUCCUGCUAUCAAGAUGGAGAUGUCUUUGUAAUAACAAAAGAUCAUUGGUGAUGGAGGGUGGCAGGGGGAAGAAAACAUAUUAUACUGUUAGUUCUUACUAAUAAAUUAUAAUAAAAGAGCUUAUUCCUUU